AUGCAGAAGCUCAUCAUAAUCCCACUUCUACUAUGUUUUUCAUUUGCUAGUGAAAUAUUUAGUCCCUUUAGAAAGGAGUUUGGUGAAGAUAAGCUAGGGCAUCAGAAGCUACUACAUUUCAACUCCAGUCAAGAACCAAUUCAAGUGAAGCAUUAUUCACAAAGCGAUAAACGAAAGACAUCAUCAGAAGGGUUGCAAGAGUUUACCCCUAUUAUUGAUACUAUUGCACAAUCAGAAGUCAAGUAUUAUUCAUUCAAUGUCAACACAACUACUGGGUUAGGAGAAUACUAUGAAUUUUUAAUUUUUUUAACAGGCAACAUAUGUACCCAACCAGAUAAUGUUGAUGUUAAUGAUACAAGCUUGGCAGUGUACUAUUCAUUCAACUCAACCAUGUUUCAGAAUAAUGAAGUGGGGGAAAUGGAGUUGUUUGAAGAUGGGUAUUUCCAAGCAUUGGCUGAUUUGCCGAUAUACCCAACAACCACAAGUUCGGUAUCUUCUUCUGCGACACCUACACCCGGACUCGAUGACGAUCAAAGGGUAUUGUAUAUUGCUGUGCGAGCACCACAAAACACCAACGUCACGGCAACUUGGACUUAUCAAAUUGGUGUAUCGCAAAAUGAUUUGGUGUUUCAAUGGGAUAAUCGACCAUUUGGGCACAUUGUUGACGCUGAUGAUAAUCUGGCAUUGCUAAUAACUGAGAAUCUUACUGAAUAUGGAGGCGAUUGGGGUUCAUUAAAUGCAUCGAAUUCAAAAUAUUCGCUUUACGUGUACCCCUAUGAGGAUAAAGACAUUUUCAAAGGAUUGAGCAAAAGUUGGUGCGCUAUUCGAUCAGGUCCAGCAAUGAUGGGACCAUGGAAUACCGAUACCACGUUUACGACUCGAAACGGUGGCAUUCAACAACAAUUUUACGUACCCAAUUUAAAUGACCUGACACAUUACAUUGCCUAUGUUGUUGCUGAUUUCAGUGGAACUGAAUUUGGUGGUGCCAUUUAUCAACAAAUUCAAUUUGAAACCAUGACCGGUCUGGCGUGUAAAUUGAUUUAUGAUUUGGAUUUUUGCAAUCGAGUGGCGUAUAGUGUACCGGCAUUGGGUAAUCAAACUCAAGAAAGUGAUGAAGAAAAGAAUUUGACUAAGCGGAUUUAUGAUGAUCAUGUCAAGAGUUUGUACCAGAAUUUUUCAAAAGCGUUACAACAAAUUGCAUGUGAUACGGUACCAGAGGCAAUUUAUUCCAAUGUUCGAUCAUGUGAUGAUUGUGCUGAUAGUUAUAGAGAUUGGUUAUGUGCAGUAACCAUACCUCGAUGUGUUGGCAAGAAUGCCACUGGGUAUCAACUACGCAACGAUACCAGCCAACGGAAUGAUUUUAUCAAGGAUGUGAUACAACCAGUGGAAGAUUAUUACGAAGUUUUGCCGUGUGUUAAUGUAUGUCAUGCCAUUGCUCGUGAUUGUCCGCUGGAUUUUAAUUUCCAAUGUCCUACUCGAAACGAAAGUAUUGCCUUGAGCUAUUAUUGGGAUGAAGACACGGGUACGCAAUGGCCGUCGUGUAAUUACGUAGGCAAGAUGUUUAUUAGGAGGAGUUUUGGGUUGAAGUUGGCUGCGAAUUGGGUUUUAUUAGGAAUGGUUGUUCUUAUGCAGGUUAUAUAG